AUGGCCCAGACCCCAUCAUGUCCUCCAGACCCCAUCAUGUCCUCCAGCCCUCCUCCUGGCCACCAGGCCGCUAAGCAUUUUGGGAGUAAUGCCAACCACGUCUGGGGUCUUCCUGGCCUUCGCUGGAUUUUGGGGAGCGAGAAGUUCCGUGGCACUCUCGGCCUCUUUCCGGUGAACAGCUCGAGCCCGGAGAAAGACGCUGAAGAGAUACAGCAGCACAAUCCUGAGACUUUUUCCUCAGAGACCGGAAGAACUGUACAGAGGUUGAGGCAACCGUGUAGGAACAAGAAGCUGCAGGUAUGCCGAGCACACUAUCCGGCUGCUCGUCCUCCAGGGGAACGAGGCCAGGAGCACCCUGAUCCAGAGCUCCUAAUCAAAGUAAGUGGCCUGAGAGAUGGUUUAGGGAUCAGUAUUGCUGGAGGCAGGGGCUCUCUGCCCUUCAUCCAGAACGAUGAGGGGAUCUUCAUUUCAAGAGUAAGCAAAGGAGGUCCAGCUGAGAAGGCAGGGGUUCACAUUGGAGACAGGGUGCUAGAGGUGAACGGGCAGGACAUGCAGGGGGUCAGCCAUCACGAGGCGGUCAGCACGCUGCACCAGGCAGGCGGCUGUAUCGAGAUGAAAAUACUCAGACAGAGACUCGAACCAGCAGAGAAUCGAGUGUCCCACGAGCCUGAAGACUCAAACGCAGGGCUUCUGAUUGGUUACAAGGAGAACGCAAUUAACUGCAGCUCGUUAGCUAACAGGAUCGAAGCUGUGGUCUGCAAUGGCAAAGGACUGAGUGACCUUGAACAGGACAGAACAGCAGGAAGUGACACGUUUAAAAAAAAACAGUCUGCAGGUUGGGACUCACGGCACGACGAUACCUCGAAUUAUUCUGACUCGUCCCUCUACCUCAGAUGAAGACGUGGACGCGCUGACACUUAGCGACCUCGAGGAAAUCAAUAACCCUGAUAACCACAUCUAUUCAGACUUCAACAGUGCCUUUUAUUCACCAUGAAAAUACUGGAUUCUACAUGAAGCCCAGCGAGACAGAUGUUCCACGAAUUCUCACGAACCUGAGAAUUUCCUCUGACUGUCGGACAUUGUAUUCCUUGUAGGAAUAAGAUCUAGUUUAAUAUUCAUGCAGGUAGAACUCUUAUUUAUUUCACUAUAAAUACACUAUAUAAACAAAGGUUUGUGGGCACCUGAGAAACAGGGUGUGUGCUUAUUUUUGAACAUCCCAUUCUCCACUCUUUUGGGAAGAUAUUCCUCUCAGUGGAGAUUCAUUCUCCACUAAGUGUGUGAGUGAA